AUGACUUCCUGGACGCCGCAGCACGCAGGUCUGCAGGAAAUACUCCAGACAAUCCACGAUUCAACCGACACUCAAAACACUCAGAUCCAGCGUACAGUUACUCAUAAAUUGAACAACUUCACGCGUGCACCAGACUAUAUUGCCUAUCUUGCUUACAUUCUCGCAUGCUUGCCCCAGGAAGAGGACCGUAUUCGUACCAUUGCAGGAUACCUCCUCAAGAACAAUGCCCGACUCAUCAUACGCUCUCCACCAGAGGUUACUGCUUUCGUUAAAACCUCUAUACUUCAGGCUUUCAACGAUCAGAAUUCCAUGAUUCGGAAUGCUGCUGGACAGGACAUCGUCGCCUUUCUAGGAAUCCUUGAGCCAAAGAACUGGCCGGACUGUCUCUCCCAGCUGGUUCACUACCUGGAUACAGGGGAUCUGGAGCAACAAGAGGCUGCGUUCAACGUGCUCGAGAAGGCUUGUGAAGACUUCCCGCGGAAGCUAGAUGUCGAGAUGAAUGGCACCUGGCCACUUGAGUACAUGAUUCCCAAAUUCCUGCUGCUCACGGAACACCCAUCGUCAAAAAUGCGCUCGCACGCCAUCGCGUGUCUCUCGUAUUUCAUCCCAAUCAACUGUCAAUCACUCUUUGCGCACAUCGACGCCUUCAUUGCUUGCCUAUUCAAGCGUGCCUCCGACGAAGAUCCUGCCGUGCGCCGGCACGUGUGUCAAGCCCUAGUUCUACUGCUCGCGUCUCGGCCAGAGAAGCUGAUGCCCGAAAUGCAGAAUGUAGCAGAGUACAUGCUGUAUUCGACCAAGGACAAAAACGAGAAUGUCGCACUGGAGGCUUGCGAGUUCUGGCUGACGUUCGCUGAAGACCCUGAGCUCGCUCAUCAGCUAUACCCACUACUGCCUAAGGUGGCCCCAGUCCUUCUUGAUUGCAUGAUAUAUGGCGAAGAUGAUCUCUUGUGGCUCGAGGGUGACGCGGAGGAUUCUGCUGUCCCGGAUAAGGAUACUGAUAUCAAACCGCGGCAUUACGGAGGUAAGGCACACGGUCUUGAGCGUGAAGAAGCCAACGGUGCAGACGCGUCUGCGAAACCACGUAUUGGCGCUUAUGGGGAAGAACUGGACGAAGACGACGACGAUGACGGGUUCGACUCGGACGACGAAUUCGCAGACGAGAUGUCGACAGAAUGGAACUUGCGGAAGUGCGCCGCUGCGGCUUUGGACGUGCUUGCCGUGCGAUUUGGUGCGGAAUUACUGAACGUGCUGCUGGAUGCACUCAAAACGAAGCUGUGGAGCUCGGAUUGGUUGGAGCGAGAAAGUGGAAUCCUGGCGUUGGGAGCGAUGGCCGAAGGUUGUAUCGAUGCCGUGGAGCCUCAUCUACCUACCCUUGUUCCUUAUCUGAUCAAUAUGCUUAAUGACCCAAAACCUCUCGUGCGCUCGAUCACGUGCUGGACGCUGGGCCGCUACGCAAGUUGGUGUACCCAGCCGGUCUCAGAUGACCACAGAAACCAGUUCUUUGUACCGACGUUGGAAGGGCUUCUUCGUAUGGUGCUCGACAACAACAAACGCGUGCAAGAAGCCGGCUGCAGCGCCUUCGCUACUCUGGAGGAAGAUGCAGGGAUCGAGCUUGCGCCGUUCCUUGAGCCGGUACUCCGCAACUUGGUAUUUGCAUUCGAGAAAUAUCAACACAAGAACAUAUUGAUCCUGUACGAUGCCGUCGGUACACUCGCUGACGCUGUUGGCUCGGCCCUGCAGAACCCGGCGUAUGUGGAUAUCCUAAUGCCGUCUCUCACGAAGAGGUGGUCCAAGCUAAGGAAUGAUGACGACGAUUUGGUACCAUUGUUGGAGUGCCUUGCUUCAGUGACGAUAGCGAUGGGUCCUGCGUUCCUCCCAUAUGCAGGCCCUAUAUUCGAUCGUUGCUACGGUAUCGUCCACUCACAACUGUUACAGUAUCAGGCGUAUCAGCAAAACCCUGAGAUGGACGAACCAGAGAGAUCGUUCCUUGUUGUGGCGCUCGAUCUCCUAUCUGGCUUGACCCAGGGCCUCGGGAUGGCUCUUGAACCAUCAAUCUCGCGUACCGAGCCUAAUCUUUUCGCGCUGCUAUCUGUCUGCCUCCAGCAUCCACAAGCUCCAGUACGGCAGUCAGCGUAUGCACUAGUUGGCGACAUGGCGAUGAAUUGCUUCCCGAUUUUGCGACCCCACUUGCAAGUAAUCAUGCGGGAACUCAUCAUCCAGUUGGAUCCUGAGCCGAAGGUUGAAUUCAUUAGUGCGUGCAACAACGCGGCAUGGUCAGUUGGAGAGAUUGCCCUGCGUUACGGCCGAGACGACCCUGAAUUCCAGCAAUGGGUUCAUCCAUUGCUUUCUCGACUGAUUCCCAUCCUCUUGCAUCCGAGGGCACCACGCAGCCUGCAUGAGAAUGCUGCAGUCUCAAUAGGUCGUAUUGGCCUGAUGCAUCCCACUCUGGUCGCACCACUCCUUCCAGAAUUUGCGCAGGCCUGGUGCCAGGCACUGUACGAGAUCCGAGACAAUGAGGAGAAGGAUUCCGCGUUCCGAGGGCUGUGCACGCUCGUGCAGUCAAAUCCUGCGGGGAUCACGAAGAGUCUAUUGUGGUUCUGCAAUGCUAUCGUGCGAUGGAACAAUCCGUCACCGGAGUUGAACGUCAUGUUCCAGCAGCUACUGACGGGAUUCAAGGUGCAUGAUCCUCCUGGGUGGACGGCCCAAGUGAGCACAUUCCCUCCAGCAAUCCAGGAGAGGUUAGCGCAGCGUUACGGCGUAUAG